AUGAUGAACGGACGCGCCUCUGUUGCGUUCAGUGUUGUUGUGGUUGCGGCGGUGUGCUGGCUUGCCGGCGCACACGCUGCGACGGUUUGGCCACAGCCACUGCAGAUGGCCACCACACGCGAUGUGUACCACUUGGACGUCUCUUUCUUCUUCAACUCCUCCUCCACCAGCGACAUCUUCUUGGCCGCCGCCCGCCGGUAUGAAACUUUGAUGACCCCGUUCAUGGUGUCCAACGGCGACUUCACCAUGUGCCAAGUCAACAUCGCCUCCAAGAACGAGUCCCUGACCCUGGACACGAACGAGUCGUACUCCCUCUCCGUCUCGUCCUCUGGUGUCAUCAUCAAUGCCGAGACGGUGUUUGGUGCCAUGCACGGCAUGGAGACGUUGAGCCAGCUUGUGACCCGUGAUGGUGUGAAUGGUACAGAGGUCAACGAUUCCCCACGCUUCCGCUACCGCGCCACCAUGAUUGACACUUCUCGCCACUGGUACCCAGUUGUCGUGAUCAAGGCGCACCUUGAUGCCAUGGCAUACGCCAAGAUGAACGUGCUGCACUGGCACAUUGUGGACGACGUGUCGUUCCCGUACGAGUCGCUCACAUAUCCGAAGAUGAGCAAGAGCGGCGCCUUCUCGCCGUCGCACGUGUACACCCAGGCGGACAUCAAGGAGCUCCUCGAGUACUACCUCGCCUUACGAGGCCCCACCUUACUGCAGUUUGAUACGCCGGGCCAUGCCAGGGCAGGCUACAACACCGUCUCGGACCUUGUCACGCAGUGCUACAACAAGAAAGGCGAACCCGCAGGCACCGGCCCGCUCAACCCUACCCUCGACAGCACUUAUGACUUCCUCACCAAGUUCUUUGCUGAGAUCAAGAACGUCUUCCCAGACAAGUUUGUCCACGUGGGUGGCGACGAGGUUGGCUUUGGCUGCUGGGAGAGCAACCCGCAGGUCAGCAAGUGGGUGAAGAACCACCCAAACAUCUCCACCUACGCCGAGCUUGAGCAGUACUACGAACUCAACCUGCUGAACAUCCUGGGCCAGCAGGGCUCGAGCUACAUCUGCUGGCAGGAGAUUUUCGACAACGGCAUCAAGAUCCUCCCUGAUACCGUGGUUGAGGUGUGGAAAGGCAACGGCUGGAACGACACAAUGGCCCGCGUCACAAAGGCCGGGUACCACAGCGUGCUGAGCGCCCCCUUCUACCUGAACUACAUCUCGUACGGCCAGGACUGGGUCAACUACUACAAGGUCGAGCCCACGGACUUUGACGCCCCCGAAGCAGACAAGGACCGGCUUGUUGGCGGGAUUGAGGCUUGCAUGUGGUCCGAGUACGUCGACGCCACCAACUUCAUCGCCCGUUUCUGGCCCCGCGCCGCUGCUGUUGCCGAGCGCGCGUGGUCUGCCAAGAACGUGACUGACGUGUCCUCGGCCGGCCCGCGCUUGCACGAGUUCCGCUGCAAGCUGAACGCCCGCGGUAUCAACGCAGAGCCCGCCAUGGACGGUGCCAUCAACGGAGGCGACUACUCGUACUGCGACAGUGAGUUUGUUCCCGUUUACCAGCCGCCGUUCUAA